AAGCCCCGCCCCCUGUACAAGCGGUGCCUCGCUUCCCCUGCUCGUACGCUCCCCGUAAGGCCCCGCCCACCUCGCGCGCUCCCGCGCUUCUCCCUCUGGUCCUGCCCUGCUGGCCAUUCGCCCUAGCGCCCCGCCCCGUGCUCCUCCUCCUUCUAGGCAGCCUGAGACUUAGUCCUCGGGAGUCGAGGUUUGGCGCAUGCUGAGCUGCUGCCUUCGCCUCCGUGUCUCCGUGCCGGGCCUCGCGUUCCCGCUACCCUUCCUGCUGCCGCCGUCUCGGGCUCCGGGUCCGAGAGUCCGCCGCCUGCUCCUUCCAACCUUCGACUUCAGCUUCCGCCAGCCUCUCCUUAUGAAGCCGGUCGUUGUGUUCGUGCUGGGCGGGCCCGGUGCCGGCAAGGGCACCCAGUGUACUCGCAUUGUGCAGAAAUAUGGCUAUACGCACCUUUCUGCAGGAGAUCUUCUUCGUAAUGAGAGAAACAAGCCAGAUUCUCAGUAUGGCGAGCUCAUCGAAAAGUACAUAAGAGAAGGAGAGAUUGUGCCAGUUGAGAUAACCAUCAGCUUGCUAAAAAGGGAAAUGGAUAAGACGAUGGAGGCCAAUGCCCAGAAGAAUAAAUUCUUAAUCGAUGGGUUUCCACGAAAUCAAGACAACCUUCAGGGCUGGAACAAGACCAUGGACGGGAAAGCAGAUGUCUCUUUCAUUCUGUUUUUUGACUGUGAUAAUGAGAUCUGCAUUGAGCGCUGUCUCGAGAGGGGCAAGAGCAGUGGGAGGAGUGACGACAACCGGGAAAGCCUAGGAAAGAGAAUUCAGACCUAUCUGCAGUGCACUAAGCCCAUUAUUGACCUCUAUGAGGAGAUGGGGAAAGUCAGGAAGGUGGACGCCUCUAAAUCCGUGGAGGAGGUGUUUGGGGACGUCUUGAAGAUCUUCGACAAAGAAGGCUAAUGUCCCUCUACCAAUCAUGCCCGACCCUCGCUUGGAUAGCUGCUACUCCCAUCGACUACCCUUUGUUUAAAGAAAUUUUAAUCUUUUUGUCAUUAUGUCUCGAUGGAUGACUGGAAAAUAAAUAGGAAUUAAGUGAAUUGUUUUUUUACAGCGGCCAUUUUACAUGACUGGUAGACCCUUCGGGACAUUGCUUAGUCGUAGUCCAGGCCUGACCCCGAAGAGAAGGCCCUCAGCCCUCCUGCCCUCCUCUCUCCUGCUGUGCCUUCCUUCGGGAGCGAAGCCCGCCGUGCCGCCCGCGCCACGCGUGUAGAUCCUCUCGUAGUGACAGGACGUUAGCAGGGGCCGUCGCCGACGGCUUUUCUGAGCCGCGAGUUAAAAAGCAAUUGCCACCUGCUGUGUGGAUCUGUGGACCAAAUGUCAGGAAUUUUUUCAUGAAGUCACUAUUUGCUAAUUUUUUUUGGGGGGUGGAGUCAAAUGGGCAAGUAAAGACCCGGAGUUGUUUUCAUGUUUGUUACUUAACUAACUAAGAAAUCUGACCCGGUUUGAACCACCCUGGCUGUUUGCUGUGGAUCGUAGUAGAGAGGGGCCCGAGCCAUGUUCCUGGGCUGUGGGAAACCUGGAUUGAGUCAUGGCAAGGGGCACGGCAGCGGGGAGGGGGACGCGUCCCUUCUGAUUGACUCUUCUUGAUUCAGAGGAACCGGAGCAAAAUUCCUUGCAGUGACAAACCUGAAAACACAUGUGCUGGGGGUAAGGGAAAACGGGAUUUUCAGCAGUUUGAUUUUUGUUACAUUUGGGAUACCUGAAGUUAGGUCUGGUCUAGGCUGGAGGGGGCGAAAUUCUCUUAAAGGCAAAAUUUGACAUUUGUAUUUGCUUUCUUGGUACAUUCAUUUUUUCAUCAUUUUUUUGUUUAAAAGGAUUUUCCCCCAAAUAAUUGUACUUUGGUUUGUUCAAGAAAACAGCAAAUGAAUAUAUUGUAUAAGAGUUUGAUUCCAUCUUCAGAUAUUUUUAUGGAGAUGGAACGAUUUGGAAUGAAUGAGUGAGCCAUACCCGAGAAUUCCUAUCGAGAGAAUCACUGCGUCCUGCCCUUGUCUAGUCCACCCAAAAUGGGACGCUCUGCCGGCGACACCUUCCUUUGGCAGGCUUACCUACAGCUCCCAGUUCCAUUCCCUCCUCCUCCCCUUCAGCUGCUGCUUGUACAAAGAGCACCUUCUUUACGUUUCCCAGAGCUUCUGGACGCCGUCCGGCUCUCUGCCCCCAGCUGAUGUGGGAAGAGGCGUUUUGAUUAGAACAGCUGAGAACUGACUGCAGCUCAGCUGUGUGGCCGUAGUCGCAUUCUUGGGCAUGGUGGGGAGCUGGCUUCUCUCGGAUUAAUUUUCCAGGUGAUAGGAAGCCCAGUGCCCUCCUCCCUGCCUCCAUGCCAGUGCUGGGGGGAGGCUUCAUGAUUUUGGCUUCUUAGGAGAGAGCCGGGGCCGCAGAAACCCCUUUUCUACCGAUUUAGCCAAUAUGAAAGAACCUUCCUGGGGUUCGUGUUUGAAUAUCCAGUCAAGUGAAGGUUGAGAGGGAGCUCAUAGAGCUGCAGAGAGAGACAGACAGAUAGACAGACAGUGAGAGAAAUUGAGAGGAUGAAAGAAAGAGUGAGAGAGAGUGACAGACAAACAGAGGAUGGCAGAGAGAUGGAGAAAGAGAGGAUGUGAGAGAGAGACUGACAGAAGAGAGGAUGGCAGAGUGAGAGACAGAGACCUGUGGAUGUUAGGAAGGCAAUCUCGAGGGUUCAACUGCUAGGGCCGCAGAGAAGGGCUGCCUUGUUUCCUUUCAUCAGAUAUUCUCAAGCUGAAACGCAGAAACCGAGUAAUAGCUAAAUUGGGUGGCUGUUCUUUUGUUUGUUUGUAAGUAGAAAAAUGUGUUGGCACUGUUGAGUUUUGGAGCUGAUUGAGCCACAUCUGACUUGGCUACUCUGGCCAUUCCUUUUGUUAAAGAUAGAGUCACCGUGAAGUUCAUGUGGGUUUCAAAAAUUUCUCAUUUGGAGUCUUUUUUUCUUUCUUUUUUUUUUAAACUCUUAGCCCAGUGCCUGGCAUAUAGUAGGUGCUUAAUAAAUGUUUAUUGACUGACUCACGUGCGAUUGUUAUUUCUAUCUGGUGAUGUUAAAGAGUGUGAAUUAUUUAAACAGUGAUAUCAAUAAAUUUGUGCUGUUGCCUUUGCUAA